AUGCGCACCACUGCAUUCACGCUUUGUACUUUGCUGCCAUUCCCCUGGCCUUCAACAGUCUCUGCAUCGAAUAAGGAUACGGUGCAGUAUUGCUUCUUUAUCGGCAGCGAAGCCCUUGAGUACCAGCCAAUUUGCGUGCAACCAAGCGUUGCAGAUGACCGAACAAAGCUUGUUAACGAAGGAUUUGGCUGCGAUGUUACCGCAUUCUCAAAAGAUGAUAGGCAACAAGUGGAAAAGAAUUAUCCAGGUAUCAAUUUGAACUCAUUUCAUCGCAACCAUAAUUGGGAUGUAUUGGUGUGCAACUAUUUCCGAACGGAUUACCCUACUAGAUGCAAGUUCAACCGAGAAGGCCCGAUGCUGGACUGCAAAGGCGUCGAGGACUUCCCAGACUUCCACAUGAAAGCAGACACAAAGUAG